AUGGUCAGCGGUACGCUUUCAACCCCGCCCCCGCCCUCCAUCCACCUCGCCCCCGCCCCCGCCCCCGCCCCCCGCAGAACCGCCUCGCCGCCCUCCAUCCACCUCGCCCCCGCCCUCGCAGAAACGCCGCCGCAGCGGUUCCUCCGCCCCUCAUCGACGCCACCCUCGCCCGCCGUCCGCGCCGAUCCGCCCCUCAUCGACGCCACCCCCGCCCGCCGUCCGCGCCGAUCCGCGCCGCCGCUCCGUUCCCGGCCGCCGUACGCGCCGCCGCCGCUGCGCCGCCUCCGGCGUCGCCGAUCCGCGCCGCUUCCCCCAUCCCCGGCCGUCGUCCGCGCUGCUGCUACCUCGGUAUUACCCCCUUCCUAUCUGCUCCCUCCCGCACCCGCGCUCGACGCCACCGCAAGCUCUCCCCUCCCCCUCGCUCACCGCUCCGACCUCCCCCUCUCCGCUCCCCCACCCUCGCCGCUCCGCCCUCCUACCUCGCGCUCCACUCCACCCUCCUCCCCAUCGCGCAGGACGCCGACGCCCGCGCUCGCAGCCGCCGCGAGGUCCCCCGCCGGGAGGGGAAUCGCCACCACGAAGCAGCUUCGAAGCCGGCCGCCGCCGGCCGGAUUCCGGCCAAAUCCGGCCCUAUCCGCCAUAGGUCAGAGAUCCCUGCAUAUAGAAUUUGAUUCAAUUCGGCUCCAAGUCAGAGGAUGGAACAUAUGCCAUGAAGAAGGUGCUGAUACAGAGUAAGGACCAGUUGGAUCUGGUGAGGGAGGAGAUUCGUGUGUCACCUCAACCUGUUGCCGCUUCUUGAUCAUGCUAUAAUAGCCGUCAAGGGAGAUUGGAGCCAUGAAGCAUACCUGCUCUUUCCAGUCCAUUUGGAUGGUACAUUGUUUGACAACGCUAACAUCAUGCUGUCCAGAAAGGAAUUCUAUUCAACAGCUGACGUUCUGCAAAUAUUCCAUCAGGGAAGUCCAUUGAUGAGAUGAGAUCACUAUAUUCAAAUUUCUUGAUGUUGCCAUUACUACUUUUAACAUUGCUUUCUUGCAAUUAUAAUCCCAAUUGGUCGAGAGUCGAGACCAAUGUUCAAUAUGAAAUAAGUUAUCAUGUAAGUCCUUCGUAAUCUUUCUGAAAUAAAAGGACUGCUGGCAUGGCAUUACUUUGUUUGUUAGCUUGCAUGGUUUGUUUUUACUCGAGUAGAAUUAUAGCUCAUUGGUAACAAACAUGCUUUGGCAUUACUUUGUUUGUUAGCUUGCAUGGUUUGUUUUUACUCGAGUAGAAUUAUAGCUCAUUGGUAACAAACAUGCUUUCUACUUCAUGUACCAUGUAUGCCUCAUGUCAUAUUAAAUUGGGAAAGCUCGGGAAGAGCAAGUUGUAGUAUGUGUAUAAAGUAACUCUAAUCCUAUUGGUUUCUUAUAGUCUUCUUAUGUUGCUGCAUCAAAAUUACCUUCCUGUAUUGGUAGAAUGGGAUAUCAUAACUUGCAUGCGAAAUGGUUACCCUUGUUCUUUUUCAUCCUGUAUGUACUUCUGUAUUGUGUAUGCUGAUAGAAGGUUACUGACAGAUGUGUGAAGGACUGAAGCACAUGCACAGCUUUGAUCCUCCAUAUGCUCAUAAUGAUGUGAAGCCUGGUAAUGUUCUUAUAACCCGUCGUAAAGGACAAGCACCUGUUGCAACUUUGAUGGAUUUUAGAAGUGCAAGGCCUGCAAGAAAGCAAAUCCGUUCUCAUUCUGAGGUGUUACAGCUGCAGGUUUGAAGCAUUAGCUUCUGGGUUUUUUGCCGCAUAAGAUAACUCUUGGUAAACUGUGUUUUCAUUUUUCAUAUAAUAUUAAAUAUUUAUCUCCAUAAUCUAGAUAUCCAUUUUGCUUGCUACUCAAAUGUACAAAUAAGUUUCAGUGACUCUUCAGAAACCAAAAAAUAAGAAGGAAAUGCUGACUGUAAGUUCUGUUCUUUCCAUAAGUUAGUGAAAUUGCAAGGCUGUGUAAUCUUCUAGACAGGUGAUCUUACUUUUUAAUAUUCAGGUUCUAGCUCAAAGAAUUUGAAAUCUUGGUACAUUGAAAGCUAUCGUUGUCUAAGUAUUACUGAAUACUGACCCAUAUCUUGUUCUGUGUAGGAGUGGGCUGCUGAGCAUUGCUCUGCACCUUAUCGUGCCCCUGAAUUAUGGUUGUGCCCCUGAAUUAGGAGUGGGCUGCUGAGCAUGGACCUUGCAGAAGCAGGUUUGUCCAAGUAUUUGGAUAUGGCGACAAUAGUUGUGCUACUGAAUGUCACAGCUCACAGUGUUGUACCACCUUAUUACUGCCUUUGAAUAGUUCAUUUGAUCGUCACUAACAGUGGAGUGUGCUAUCGAAUAUUAAUGUAGAGAUUGGGUCCUUUACAAUUUAAUUUGUCUCAUGGUUCACUUUGGUUAUUGCAACAUGUGAUUGUUUGUUGA